UGUAAACAAACGAAGAAACAACUCGCACAUUGAUACAGACAACUUUGCUAGGUCAUACUCUGGAAAUAUUUUCCAGAAUCUGAAUCCUAAUGAAAAAUCAUAAUCUUCCCGUAAAUUUUAUCAAAUAAAAAAUGCAGUUAAAAAUGGACAAUACAAAUUCAUCAUCACCAGCAUUGGAUGAACAAUCACUUUUGUCAUCACAACAAUCAUCCAUGGAUUAUAAUUCAAGUGAAACAUCAACAUCAGCAAAUACAAGAAAAAAAAUGUAUUCAACAGUACCGAUAUCACGUGUAAAUGCCAUAAUGCGUUCAUGUCCAAAUCUAACAACUGUUAGAAAUGAUGCUAUUGCAUUAACAUCACAAGCAGCCGAAUUAUUCAUACAGGAUCUUGUUCAAAAUGCCUUCAAACUAAGUCCAGAUAAGGAAAAUCUAACAUACAAUACUCUAGCCGAUUUUAUAGCUGAAUCCAAAUAUUCAUUUUUACGUGAAGCAAUUCCCCAGAAAAUAACUGUUCAACAGUAUAAAGAAUUAAAACGACAACAUGAAAUUGAAAUUGAUAAUGAUGAAAAUGAUGAUGGCGAUGACAACGAUGAAGAAUCGUCAUCAUCAUCAUCAUCGUCGUCGUCGUUGUCGACAACAUCACCAAUUGCUCCAAGUUGAGUUAAUUUUCCUCGAACUUUUCUGUAUUGGUGGUGGCUCCUUAUGAUUGUUUGUUGUGUGUAUCAUUUGUGUAUUGCUUUAUUGUGCACACACUAUCAAAAAGAAAAAAGUGUACGUAGAUAUUUCAUAU